AGAGUGAGUGAGUGAGAAGAAUAGGAGAAAAUGCCGCCGAAAUUGGAUCCAUCUCAAAUCGUCGACGUCUACGUCCGAGUCACCGGAGGUGAGGUCGGAGCAGCGUCAUCACUCGCUCCAAAGAUCGGUCCACUCGGACUCGCACCGAAAAAGAUCGGAGAAGACAUCGCCAAAGAGACAGCAAAAGAAUGGAAAGGUCUUAGAGUCACCGUGAAGCUCACGGUUCAGAAUCGUCAAGCUAAGGUCACUGUAGUUCCAUCCGCAGCGGCUCUAGUCAUCAAGGCCCUCAAGGAGCCAGAGAGAGAUCGGAAGAAAGUGAAGAACAUCAAACAUAAUGGGAACAUUUCGUUUGAUGAUGUGAUUGAGAUUGCGAAGAUAAUGCGUCCUAGAUCUAUUGCUAAAGAAUUGAGUGGAACUGUGAAGGAGAUUUUGGGAACUUGUGUCUCUGUUGGUUGCACUGUUGAUGGUAAAGACCCUAAGGAUCUUCAGGAAGAAAUUAACAAUGGUGACAUUGAUAUUCCUAACGAGUGAUAAAGGUUUUACUUUUGAGUUCUCUAUCGUUUUUUCUUUUGUAUUUGAUUUUGAGGAUUUGGUAUUAGUAUACUAUAUUUUGGAAGUUGAGGAUUGUUGGCUUUUGCAAAUUUGAAUCCUUUCUUGGGAUCAAUUAGAAUGUUU